AUUGGCCACAAGGGGAACAUACACAAAUCGCUUCUGCCAGACUUAUCGAAGUUAAAUUUAAGUUUUAUAAAACAUGAUAGUUAAUGCGAUGUAGAUUUAUACAGGUCAGUGUGAAGUUCCCUCAAACUAUAAGAUAUUUACGUUUUACUUAGCGAUUUGAAUAUUAAUUGCAUGCCAGGAAAAGAAGAAAAGGGAUCACCAUUGUUCAAACUGGAUCGACGAACACUCCCUGUCCUUGUGUGGAGAAAUUACAGAGCCCUCUGACGGGAGAUUGAGAGGCAGUGACGCAAAACACACACUAUAUGAAUGCGGCCUGUGGACUGCUGCUCAGAAAUCCGCUACUGUGUAAACAACCAUGUGUUUUCUAUUGUCCACAUUUGACAUGGGCACACGCGGUGCUUUUGAAAUGGAGACUGGUUUUUGCUAACUUCAUGUGAUUUUUUUUUUUCGACUUUCAAUUUUUAAAUGCUAAAUUUUUUGACGGAACCAAACUGGGAUUUUCUCUCAUAUUAUGCACUUCAAUGGAUACCAGUUGUGGCACAGUAGUUAGCAUGCAACCUGAGGAGCAAUCCUUCCAUGUUCGUUACAGGAUGGAGGUUUCCUGCUUGGAGCUGGCACUGGAGGGGGAGCGGCUCUGUAAAGUGGGUGACUACAGAGCAGGGGUCUCCUUCUUUGAAGCUGCCAUUCAGGUUGGUACAGAGGACCUACAGGUGCUCAGUGCCAUUUACAGCCAGCUGGGAAAUGCCUAUUUCCAUCUGCACGACUACGCCAAAGCUCUGGAGUUUCACAGACAUGAUCUCACACUGACCAGAACAAUUGGUGACCUUAUUGGAGAAGCCAAAGCUAGUGGAAACCUUGGAAACACUUUGAAGGUUCUGGGGCGCUUUGAUGAGGCUGUUGUCUGCUGUCAGAGGCACUUGGACAUAGCAAGGGACAUUAAUGACAAGGUCGGACAGGCAAGAGCUCUGUAUAACUUUGGUAAUGUGUACCACGCCAAAGGCAAAAGUAUCUGUUGGAGUGGGGCUGAACCUGGUGAUUUUCCUGAAGAGGUUAUGGAAGCUCUUGGGAAAGCAGCAGAAUAUUAUGAAGGUAACUUAGCCAUAGUGAAAGAGCUUGGAGAUCGGGCUGCUCAGGGUAGAACCUAUGGAAAUCUUGGAAACACACACUACCUGUUGGGAAAUUUCCGCAAAGCCGUUUCUUCUCAUGAACAGCGUCUGCUCAUAGCAAAAGAGUUUGGAGAUCGUUCAGCUGAGAGACGCGCUUACUGCAAUUUAGGGAAUGCUUUUAUAUUUUUGGGGGAGUUCGAAGUGGCAGCUGAACAUUACAAACGCACACUGCAGCUUGCGAGGCAGUUGAAGGACCGCGCUGUAGAGGCUCAGGCCUGCUACAGUUUGGGAAACACAUACACACUUCUGCAGGAUUAUGAAAGGGCUAUAGAUUACCACCUCAAACAUCUCAUCAUAGCUCAAGACCUUAAUGACAGGAUUGGAGAGGGCCGUGCGUGCUGGAGCUUAGGAAAUGCUCACACUGCUCUGGGAAACCAUGACCAGGCUGUGCACUUUGCAGAGAAACAUCUGGAGAUCUGUAGAGAGACAGGGGACAGAAGCGGGGAACUGACCGCUCGUAUGAACGUGUCUGAUCUUCAAAUGGUGCUAGGUCUCAGCUACAGCACAAAUAACUCAACUCUCUCAAACAACAAAGAUGCAGACAACAAUGCACACGGAGCCAGACCCAGACCGAGCAGAAGACACAGCAUGGAGAAUCUGGAGCUGAUGCCUCUCACCCCUGAUAAAUCAAAUGGUCAGAAGUGGAAUAGUGAUAUCCUGACCAAACCAUCCAAGCCAUCUUUGGCAAAGGGCUCCUCUAAGUUGUUCUUUGUUAAUCGUCUGCGAGGGAAGAAGUACAAGUCUGGUGGUUCUAGUAAAGUUCUCCAAGACACCAGCAACACACUGGAUACGAGUCAGACUAAUGUGCAGGGACCUCAGAAGCGUUCAAGCCCAGAGACAUUGGGAGAUGAGGGUUUCUUUGAUUUGCUCAGUCGCUUUCAGAGCAACCGCAUGGAUGACCAGCGCUGCUCCAUCCAGGAUAAGGGCAGCAGGCUAUCACUGAACAGUAGCCAAGACUCACCACCCAGAGCCCUGAGAAAAUCAGUGUCCGAGUCUGUAAAUGUGUCCUCUGCACGUGGUCGGCGCUUGGAGGAGUCUACAGCUCCAGGUGGAAGUCUCCCAGGUUUGAGGCUGAAUCAAAACGGCAGCCAGGCUGUACUUAGCCACCUAAUGGCCAAUGCAGAUAACGCAGAACCUGAUGAUGACUUCUUUGACAUGUUAGUCAAGUGCCAGGGGUCUCGUUUGGAUGACCAGCGCUGUGCCCUGCCUGCCCCUCAAGCUCGUGGGCCAACUGUGCCAGAUGAAGACUUCUUCAGUCUCAUUAUGCGCUCUCAAGCUAAACGUAUGGAUGAACAGCGCGUAACCCUGCCUUUGUCGACCAACACUACAAGACCUAGCUCCAAUUAAAUUCAAAGUACUACAUGAACAGCUGGGCACCGAUGGACUGCAAUAACUGAAUGAGUUUCAUGAGGUGGAAGGCCUCAAGACAAAACAAAGCACUGACAGCAUUACCAGUUUUACAGUAUUUUGUUUUGUAUUAACAUUCAACAAUAUAUCAGGGAAAUUAAGUUUGGUCCAAUUUUCAUUUUGCCCUAUUUGUAUCUUUGUAUAUAUUGUACAUUGUCCAUUUUUAAAUCAUUCUGUCUGCUGCCGCCCAAACACAUUUUGGUGGUUACACUUACAGUAGCCUCAGAUGCUAGCUGAGCUAAAGCACUCUAAUGUAGCUAAGUGUUGGUGUGAACUUGUGUGGUUGUGUUGUUUGAAAAGUGACUGUUUUCAAAAGAUAUUUUAUC